AUGGCUUGUGUUGCUCUAACUUCUGUCAUCUCCACAAUUGAGCUUGAAUUUCUGCAACACACCCCAAGGGUGUCUCUUCGUGAUCAAGCACCAAUCAAAUCUUUCUUUACCCACCUUUCUUCUUUGCAAGCCUUUCUACAGGAAUCCAGUGAUGGGGGUAGUAGUGUUGCUGCAAUCAAUGAUUUGGAAUUCAAAAUCAGAGACUUUGUGCUCAAAGCUGAAGACGACAUCGAAAUACAACUAAGCAACUUUCUUCUGGCCAAAGACAGAGAGUAUCAGGAAAAAGCUCUCCAAGAACUCCAUCAAACCUUGCAAGAAGCAGCAGGAAAAGCAGCAGUGUUGUUGAAUACUAUCAACAGCAUUAGCAGUGAAGAUGAUGAAACUCAACCACCGAUUCAUUGGCUAAAACAUGCAUUAUCCCAGUCUGAGAAUGGAUCCUCACGCCGCUCUUUGGAGCUUGUGGGUCGUCAUGGUGAUCGUACAAGGAUAAUCAACCAGCUCAUGUGGGGCUCCAAUCUAAAAAUAAUCUCAAUUUUUGGGAUGGUGGGCAUAGGAAAGACAACUUUAGCUAAAAGUAUCUUUAAUGAUCCAAAAGUUGAAAAUCAUUUCAACGUGCGUAGUUGGAUUACUAUGUCUCAACAAUACAACAAGACCCAUAUACUAAAUCUCCUCCUGCGAUCAAUUUCACCUGCAGAAGAGGAAAGUGCUCCUGAUGAAGAACUGGAAGAGCGGUACUUCUGGAAGUCGCAUAUUGCUUACUACUAGGCACUUCAAUCUGAAUUUCAAUGAUAGCUUCUUCUAUAGGUAUAACUAUAUCCAUAAAAUGAUUUUGCUAGAUCCAAAUGAAAGUUGGGAUUUAUUUUGCAAUAUCCUUUCACCUAAAGAGCGUAUGUCACAAUUUGAAAACAUAAGGAGGGAUAUUGUAGAGAUAUGUGAUGGACUACCAUUGUCAAUUGUUACCGUUGCUGAGCGCUUAUCUAAAUGCAACAACAUAUUAAGGGAGUGGGA